CACUGACACGAUGAAGGACUCACACAUGCUGAGCAGCUGAGUUCAGUGACCCUGCAGUGUGGGAGCUUAUUUAAUCAGCAGAAUAGUGAGAACGAAUCCAAAAUGAUCAACAUUCCUGUGAAAAGCAAAGAUGAAAGAAAUUUAGUUACUUUAAUAAUCAAAUUGAAUUGAAUUCAUCACUCGUUUAUGAUUCAGGUGAAGUCUCUGCUGCAUGUGCUCACAUGUUUAAACGACUGUGAUCUGACAGAAAAGGGACCUUUCCCCUUUCUGUUACAAACAAUCCACCACCUGCUGGUUGCUCCGUGUUUUCCCGUGACAGCAGUUUAUAGGUUACGGAGAAGCUUCCUCGCCGUUAAUCUGCGAUUGCUCACGGUCUGGGAUUGGGCCUUGACCUUCAGGUGCUGCGGGUUAAUCCCGUUAGCCCCGCGGGCAUCCGCUGUGAAGAUCUCAGCAGACCUGCGCCGGCUGUGCCACACUCUAGAUCCGUGUACCACCGGCAUGCAGAACCACCUGUAGGCACGCAGGAUGUUUAACUGGGUGGUGAAAGUGGUUCCCCAGCCUCCUGAUGCUGGGACAGACGAUGCUGCCAAGACCCCUGAUGCUCCAACCAAAAAUAAAGCGGCUGCAGUGAAGACAGCUGCACUGAAAGAUGCAGACGAGGUUUCAGAGGAAGGCCAAGCGCAGACUGGAGUAUUGGGCUGGUUUUCUAAUGGGUUCGUCAGCACGCUCCCACAGCCUGCGGGCAGCCCCCGACUCAGCAGAGCCAACUCUGAAGCCAAGUCCGGAGAAGAUGGAGACAGGUCUGGAGUGAUCACCUGGGUCACUCAGGGUCUGACCAAAGUGCUGCCUCAGCCUGACGACAAGUACAGAGAGACUGAGAAGGACUCGAAGGACGAGGAGCACACGGAGGUGUACGACAUAGCCACGAUGCCAGAUUUCGAUCCACUUCCCCACAUCCCUGUGGUGGAGAUGGUGUCAGACGACGAGGACACAGAGAGUUUGGCCCCUCACUUUCCUCCCAAUGUGGUGACCUGGAUAAAGCAGAUAGUUCCUCAGCCGGUCAUACUGCCCCCUGGUGCUGUGCCCGUGGAACCGUCAACCAAGUCCUCCUGCACCUCUCUGGAUAAAAUGCUUCAUGUUGUCUGCUCCACAGUUCUGUCUCCGCCGCCUGAAUCGCUCAGUGGAAUCUCACUGGAUACUGAAAGCAAGGCCUCUGGUGUGGUGAACUGGUUUGUGUCAGGGCUGGGUCUGAAGAUGCCGCAGCCUGUUUCUCCAUCCAAGGAUGAAGCUACUACGGUACCUGAACUCAUUCAGAAAGCAUCAGCCAAACUCAAACCAGACAUGGUGCUGGAAGACGUGGAGUCGGACAACGAGGGCCAGCACAAAUGUGCAGAUGCUCCCAAAGCUCAAGCUCCGUCCGCAUCCCUGGUUCCACCAUCACCUGCACCCCAGCAGCAACAGGAAGUGACACAACCCUCACAGUCGCUUUCAGUGGAGUCACAGAAAUGCAGCGCCGCCCCUCCGGAGCCACAACCGUCAGAGAGUGCCACAAAAGUAUCUCUGGAAGAUGCAGAGACCCAGACAGGCCGCUGGACGCCGUUUAUUGAAAACAUCAAGAAGGAGGCCGAAGGGGUGGCGUUGGCUACCAUGGAGGAGCGUCUGCUUCAGGAGAGGGUGGAGAUGACCCGGAUGGCUGAAGAGGUUGCCAGGCAGACAGCUGAGAUGGCCGUUAGACAGAUGGCCAGUGAGGGACAGUCCAUCAAGCUCUCGCUGGGGAGUCAAGAGCUCCUGGAGGAGCCUGAAGCCGAGCUGCCGGUGCCGCUAGAAGAGGAGAGCGAGGUGGAGAUCAGCAAAGCCCCAGAGAAGAACCAGGAGGAGCAGAAAGCUGAGACUGAGGAGCCCACCGUCAACGAGCCAGAGCCGCAGGAAGAAGCCUCGACCUCACCGCCUCCGAGCAGUGAGCCAGUGGAGAUUUCUGAGCCUAAGCCAGAACAAGCACUAGAAGCAGAAACCAAGAGCCCAGAAGCUCCUCCAGAAGCUGAGCCCAUCACUGAGCAGCCGCAGAAAAACGAAGACGUCGGUCAAACUGCUAACGCUGACAAGGCUCCUGAAAAAGAGGAGGAAGCUACUGGGGAUGACUGCGGUGAGAGCUCCAACAUCAGCCUUCGCCCAGCUGUUAAUGUAGAGGAUGUUGACUCUGAUCAUGAGAGGGCAGGAGGAGCAAAAGGAGGAGGAGGAGGAGGAGGGGAAGAACAAAUCCCCCAAAUCCUCACCCCACAGGACCCAAAGCUUACAACCCUCACUGUUCCUGUGACCCCUUCAGGUCGUCAAAGUAAAGGAGAUAAAGAUAGUGGAAGGAAUCGCAGGAGCGUCUGGACAAAGAUCAGGAGGCUUCAUUCUGAAAGCGAGGAUGACGAUGAAGAGGCAAGCAUCCCCGUGAGAGCCUGGCCCAGCCAGUCCAGCCUGCACAGCACAGAUGACGUUCUGAAAGAACGUCCAGCAUCUUCUGCCAGUCAGACCAGCACGGUGGUCAACGAGAGGCUUCAGGAGCUCGUCAGGAUGUUUAAGGAGAGAACGGAGAAGGCCAAGGAGAAACUCAUCGACCCAGACAGCUCGGAUGAAGACAGCAUUAUCACCUCUCCUCCUCAGCCUCCAGCUCCUCAGCCUGCUCCUGGAGCUCAGCCGCCAGAUGAGAACGAGACGCAAGCAGGUCCGUCCGGAGGAGGAGGAGUAGAGAGCGGAACGGAGGAGGAGCAGCCUGGCCGUUGCUGCAAGGUGAAAACACCUCGGUGGAUACGAGCCUGUGUGCGAUUCCGCUUCCCCGCCAGCAUCGACCCUUUCACCAACCUGAUGUACGUGCUCUGGAUGUUUUUGGUGUCUCUGGCCUGGAACUGGAACGUGUGGUUCAUCCCGGUGCGCUGGGCCUUCCCCUACCAAACCCCGGACAACAUUCACUACUGGCUGUUAACCGACUACCUGUGUGACCUCAUUUACAUCCUGGACAUCGCUGUUUUUCAGCCGCGCCUGCAGUUUGUGCGUGGAGGGGACAUAGUGUGUGACCAAAAGGAGAUGAGAAAGAAUUACAUGAAAACCAAACGUUUUAAGUUUGAUGUGGCCAGCCUUGUUCCCCUUGAGCUCUUCUAUUUUAAAACUGGCAUCAACCCUCUGCUCCGCUUACCACGGCUGCUGAAGAUCAAGUCCUUCUUUGAGUUCAAUGAUCGUCUAGAGGCCAUCUUGACCAAAGCCUAUAUCUACAGGGUGAUUCGUACCACCACCUAUCUUCUUUACUGUCUGCACUUUAAUGCCUGUCUCUACUACUGGAUCUCUGACUUCAUAGGACUGGGACUGACUGAGUGGGUGUACGAUGGCGAGGGUAACAGUUACAUUCGCUGUUACUACUUCGCAGUGAAGACCCUGAUUACCAUUGGGGGUCUGCCAGAUCCCACCACCCUGUCUGAGAUCAUCUUCCAACUCAUCAACUACUUUAUCGGAGUCUUUGCUUUCUCAAUCAUGAUUGGACAGAUGCGCGAUGUUGUCGGUGCAGCUACAGCAAGUCAAACCUACUACCGCAGCUGCAUGGACAGCACUAUUAAAUACAUGUCCUCCUACCGCAUCCCGAGAGACGUCCAGAACCGGGUCAAAACCUGGUAUAACUAUACCUGGCAAUCACAAGGCAUGCUGGACGAGCAGGAGCUGCUGAAUCAGCUGCCAGAUAAAAUGCGUCUGGACAUAGCGAUAGAUGUCAGCUACUCCAUUGUGAGCAAAGUCCCUCUUUUUCAGGGUUGUGACAGACAGAUGAUUUUCGACAUGCUAAAAAGCCUGCGCUCUGUCGUCUACCUCCCGGGGGAUUAUGUCUGCAAAAAGGGCGAGGUGGGUCGGGAGAUGUAUAUCAUAAAGGCUGGAGAGGUGCAGGUGGUUGGAGGCCCAGAUGGGAAGACUGUAUUUGUCACUCUUAGAGCAGGAUCAGUCUUUGGAGAAAUCAGCUUGCUUGCAGUCGGCGGUGGUAACAGGCGCACAGCCAAUGUGAUUGCUCAUGGCUUUGCCAAUCUAUUCAUCCUGGACAAAAAAGACCUGAAUGAGAUCCUGGUCCACUAUCCAGAGUCCAAGAAACUGCUGCGCAAGAAAGCCAGGAAGAUGCUUAACAAAGGAAAGAAACCUGAACCUAAAGAAGAGGCUAAGGAACCCCCUCUGGUACCAGCAGCUCCUGUCAGGGCAGAGACGCCCAAACUGUUGAAAGCAGCUCUUGAGAUGACGGAGAGAUCGUCGGGACUUAAAGGCGCUUUGGCAAAAGUCAAAGAGAAGACGAACAAGUCCAGCAUCUCCUUACAGCCGUCCAUCUCCUCCCCCCUCCCACCUCCAUCCCCCGCCUCCAGCUUGGAACCUGACAGGGAAGUGGACACGCCAUCACCCAUGUCUGCCGGCUCUCCGACAUUUCGCUCUGCUUCCCGGUGUCGGUACUCUGCGAUGCCUCAGUCACCCUCUGAGUGCCACAGCGACACAGUCACGAAGGAGCCAAUCAGUGAUGAUGAAGGAAACGGGAAGAGGAAAGAAAAAAAGUCGUGAUUACUUUCUAUUUAUUUAAAUGUAUUUUCAAUUGUAUAGCGCCAAAUCCCAAUAGCUGCUGCCUCAAGGCGCUUUAGGGGAAAGACUCGAUGAUAUUAGAGAGAAAACCUCAGUAAUCAGAUUCCCCCCCUAUGAGCAAGAACUUGGCGACAGUGGGAAGGAAAAACUCCCCUUUAACAGGAAGAAACUCAGGGAGGGUCUCAAUAGUUUGAAUGAUCGUUAAAUAAUAAUAUCUAUAAUUAUAGCCUAAUGCAUUUAACACAUUGUACUAGUUAAGUUUUAUAGCUCAUGUAAUGUAACAGGAAACUGUCAGUCCCACGAUUUCUGGCCCAUUUUCAUCGUCUGCACUGAGUUUAUGUGAGUAAAUUCAUUGUAGCUACGAUGAGUAAAUUCUGCAGGAUUGAACUUGUUGUCUUUCUGUGAAACAGGAAAGGAGAAAAUGUUUUUGCUGUUGUUGUUUGCUGAAUGUUUACGGAUUCUUUUUGUAAACUUGAAAGAUGCCUUACAUGUCUGACUCUGUUGUGUUGGUGUAAGUUUUGUUUUGAACAAAGAUACUGGGUAAGGUUGUAGCAACAUCUCCUAACUUCAGCAUAUUUUACACAUUGAUACAUGAUACAUGUGUAAUUGUAAAGCAAACAGUUUAUUACUAUGUGCUAAGAACCAGUCUACUGAUGGAAUUAACCUCACUACGGUCGAUCUUUUUAUGUUUUCUUUUGUUUUGUACAAUAAUGUAAAUAUAUCUGUUUUUGUAUUUAUUUAGCUCUCACAGUUUAAUUUUAAGUCACUGUGCUGGUUGUGUUGUCACAAGACUGCAAUAACUGUAGAAAUGCAAAAUGCUUCACUUGUGCUGUAAAUGCUUAAUAUAAUCGCACAGCAGUACUUUUGUAUAGAUGUGCUAACUGUAGCCACAAGCCAGCGAUCCGUACUGCCAGACCAUAGAAAGGAAUCAUCGACAAAGGCCUGUUUUUUCGAGUAAAUUUUAUUGAAAUAAAUGAGUUUUCGUCAUA